CCUCUCAUCUCUCUAGAUCCUUGUUUCUCGCUGCUUUCUGUCUUUUUAAUUUUCCUCUUCCAUUUUAGAAAUCACACAGAACAUUUUCGGUACACGUUUCUUUUUUAGUUUUUCCCUCUCUGUGUUUCCCAUACGCAAAAUCUUCCACCUUCUCCGUUUUCUUCAACGGAGUUACAAGGCGGAAGAACCGUUGUUUGUGGCCGGAAAGAGAGCCAAACUUUUGUUCUCUGUUUUUCUGUUUCCGGUCAUAUAGAUAUGGGAACCGGUGGAAAAACGUUCAACGCUCACGCGAUCUUCCCCACGUGGCAUCACAAGCAAGUGCGUCCAAUGGCCGACGAUUCUGAUCUCCGGAGAGACAUCGGAGAGCUUCUUUCGCGGUGGGGCGGGCUUCAGUUGGCCGUGAAGAAUCAGUGGGGAGGCCAUGAUUCUCUAGAAAAAUCUCAUGAGCUUGCUCAUCAUCUUUUUCAUCUCUUCUCUCAAUCAAACGCAGUGAUUACGGUUGAAGAGAUAGAGAGUUUUCUACAUGAAAGCUUGCUUCUUUCUUUCAACACAGAGAUCGAAGAUGGCAGCAUUGAAGAGGUAGCUGAACAAUUGAUGAUCCUCCAUGAAGAACAUUAUUUGCGUGGGAGUCAUUAAGCCUAGAUAUGAGGAAGCCAUAUUAGCUUGAACGGUGUAGACCAUUUUUCGUGGAAAAUUCGAUCGUCCCUUACUAGCUAGUUACAAAUUUACAGAUGUAAGAUGCAGAGAAUAUGAAAAUUUGGUGGAGAACAAGAUGUGAUUCAGAAUUAUAUUUAUUUCGUGUAAGCAAGCAUAUGUAUUUAUUGUAAAAUAUAUGAAAUCACAUUUUGUCAAAUUUAUCAUAAAAUUUGUAAAAUUAUAGUAUUUCUAACUUGCUAUUGACUAUUGAUUCAACUUUGUUAAUUUUUAAAUAUUAUGAUUAAAUAAACAUUUAUA